GCUCGUUUGAAACUUCGCCUCAAUUCUAGUGUUCAGGCGAUUGGAACAGGUUGCAAGGCCCGGUCUAGUGGUUGUAGUCGCCGGUCGAAGCGUGGUAGGUCCGGGCGUCAGUUGCCACUGUUGGCUUCUCCGUCAGCAUCGCGGUCAUUCAAACAGCGUACCCGUCGCCGGCUUACCAGCUCCCGUUCGAACGGCGGUCAUCACGGUGGGUUCGACUGGGCGGCGUCGGGGGUAGCGUCCAGAGUGGCGGCACGGAGGAGGGUGGCGCGGCGAUUGGGGCAGAAAGUCCACCUAAGUGAUGGUGAAAGUGGGGAGGAUGACGUUUUCCAUACUCCGCCGCUGGUGUUGGAUGAGGAUGUGGAGAUGGAGGCACCGCGUGUGCAGCGUUCCAUUGCAAGUCAAAUCAACCCACGGGGGACGCCGAAGGACCUUGCCAACUUUAUGGGAACCCUAACCACGUUGCAAAUGGAGGAUGUUAUAGCAAUUGGCCUUGGUGCGUUGCUGGGGUUUAAGAUUACUGAGGUACCGUUGCGGUUGGGGCAUUGGUUGGUCACCCAUUUUGACCCGGCUAAGAUGCGGAUUGACCUGGGGAAUGGUCGGUACAUUCCAGUCACCAAGGAGGAUGUCGCUGCCGUCUUUGGCCUGCUGUGUGGGCCAAUACCGAUCUCUGAACGGGAUAGCCAGGUGGUUAGCCCGGAGUUCCGGGAAUGGAGGGACGUGGUGGAGCAACGGAGGGGGAGGAUUACAGUUAGGGCGUUAUGUGGGCUCUUACCAUAGGUGCACUACCAAACUUUGAUAUGCAUUACAGUCUUACCAUUUGCAAUAUGCAUUACAUCCAUACCAUUAGCAACC